UUAAUCUGUGGUAGAUAUACAAAUGGCGGUUGUUAUGUUUGUGUUGUCAAUAUAAAGGAGUUUUUUCUAUCAAAUGCAGGAAAUUGGAAACAAUUUCAUGUUUUAAGUCGGUAUGAAGAAAGAACGGACAGCUGAUAAUUGUCGUCCAUUUAAAUUAGCCCAUCAAAUUUUAAGUUUAACCGGUAUAAGUUUUGAGAGAAGGAGUAUUAUUGGAUUUGUUGAAUUAACUAUAGUCCCCUUAAAAGAUAAUUUACGAAACAUAAAAUUGAAUGCAAAACAGUGUCGCAUCUAUAGAGUCGUGCUAAAUGAUACUUUUGAGGCACAAUUUCAGUAUUUUGAUCCAUUUCUAGAUGUGUGUCAAGGUGAUUCAGAUACGCGUUCUCUGGAAACUUUUUCCAAUUUACACUUAACUGCCGCGUUAAAGACAGAUCCUGACAAUAAUGCAGGUGAAUUAGUGAUCAUUGUUCCCCCUGAAGCUGCACAUUUGGUAGCUGAGGGCACUGCAUUAAGAGUUGGCAUUGAAUUUUCUCUGGAACAACCACAAGGUGGAAUACAUUUUGUGGUACCACCAACUGAAGGAACCUAUGCAGAAAGAGGAGUACAUCUUUUUACUUAUGGCAAUACCAGUGCCUCAAGAUUAUGGUUUCCUUGUGUGGAUAGCUUUGCAGAGCCAUGCACUUGGAAGUUGGAAUUUACUGUUGACGAAUGUAUGACGGCAAUUUCAAAUGGUGAUCUAAUUGAAGUAGUUUUCACCCCUGACAUGAGAAGAAAAACAUUUCAUUAUGUACUAAAUGUACCUACAUGUUCUCCUAAUAUUUCCCUUGCUGUUGGUCCCUUUGAGAUUUAUGUUGAUCCGUUUAUGCAUGAAGUUACACAUUUUUGCUUACCACAACUUCUACCAUUACUUAAAGUAACUACAAGAUAUAUGCAUGAAGCCUUUGAAUUUUAUGAAGAAACUUUAUCCAACAGAUAUCCAUAUUCUUGUUAUAAACAAGUUUUUGUUGAUGAAACGGCAGAUGAUUAUCAUGCAUAUGCUACAAUGAGCAUUUUGAGUACUAAUUUAUUGCAUUCAGCUGUAAUUAUUGAUCAGUGUUACAUAACGAGGAAAAUUAUGGCACAGGCAAUUGCUGAACAGUUCUUUGGAUGCUUUAUUUCAAUGCAAAAUUGCUCAGAUAUGUGGCUUCCUAAAGGAAUUACCCAAUACCUAUGUGGGUUAUAUUGUAAAAAAUGUUUUGGGAAUAAUGAAUACAGAGAAUGGAUACAAAGUACUAUGAGUGAUCUUGUUAAGUAUGAAGAGCAGUAUGGAGGAAUCAUCUUAGAUUCUAGUCAACGUCCAGCUCGUCUAUCCAUUGCAGGGAGCCAGCCAAAUGAGGCACAUUUUUAUUUUAGUAUUAAAAACUUGCAUACCCUGUCGCCCCUGUACAUUGAAGCAAUGUACAAAAAGGCUCUACUAGUUAUGAGAAUGCUAGAGCACAGGAUAGGACAAGAACUCCUUUUGCAAGUUUUUAAUAAACAGUUAUCCUUAGCCACAAACGCAGCAUCUCAAAAGAUAGGAAGUGGUCUGUGGGGACAUAUGCUAAUUAGUACAAAUGUUUUUGCAAAAGCAAUUUUUACGGUCACUGGAAAAGAUAUGGCAGUGUUUAUUGAUCAGUGGGUCAGAACUGGAGGUCAUGCCAAAUUUCAUUUAAGUUCUGUAUUUAACAGAAAAAGGAAUACUAUAGAAGUAGAAAUUAGACAAGACGCUACCACACAAACUGGCAUUCGGAAGUACGUGGGACCUUUAUUGGUGCAGUUGCAAGAAUUAGAUGGCACUUUCAAGCACACUUUACAAAUAGAAAAUACAGUUGUCAAAGCCGAUAUAACAUGUCAUUCAAAAAGUAGAAGAAAUAAGAAGAAAAAAAUUCCCUUGUGCACAGGCGAGGAAGUUGAUAUGGAUUUAAGUCCUAUGGAUGACUCCCCUGUCCUAUGGAUUCGGUUAGAUCCUGAAAUGACUCUUUUGAGAUAUGUGGUAAUCGAACAGCCAGAUUUUCAAUGGCAAUUUCAGUUACGACAUGAACGUGACGUGACAGCUCAAAUAGAAGCAAUAAAUGCCUUAGAAAGAUACCCUACUCCUGCAACAAGGCUUGCUCUGACAGAUACCAUAGAAAAUGAACAGUGUUACUACAAAGUAAGAUGUAAAGCUGCACAUUGUCUUACAAAGGUUGCUAAUGCAAUGGUGUCGAAUUGGGCUGGCCCUCCUGCAAUGUUAGCAAUUUUCAGAAAACUUUUUGGCUCUUUUGCUGCACCCCACAUAAUCCGUCAGAAUAGUUUUACAAACUUUCAACAUUAUUUUCUACAGAAAACUAUACCUUUGGCUAUGGCAGGUCUUCGAAACAGUCAUGGCAUUUGCCCUCCUGAAGUGAUAAGAUUUCUCUUAGAUCUCUUUAAAUACAAUGAUAAUUCAAAAAAUAGAUAUUCGGACAAUUAUUACAGAGCCGCCCUUGUGGAAGCUUUAGGCUGUACGGUGACUCCAGUAGUAUCAGUAGUCCAACAAGGAAUGUUUGAAAAUCUCAGUGCUGAAACUAAACUAAUUUUGGAAGAAAUAACGAGAAUGCUUAACUUGGAAAAAUCAUUGCCUUGUUAUAAAUAUACCGUCACGUGUGCCUGCUUGAAAGCUAUUAGAAAAUUGCAAAAGUAUGGCCACUUACCAAGCAGUCCUAGUUUGUUUAAGAGUUAUGCACAGUAUGGAAUAUUUAUAGAUGUGAGAUUAGCUGCUUUAGAGUGCCUGGUGGAUUUUGUUAAAGCAGAUGGGCGUUUGCAAGAUCUUCAACAUUUGAUAGACUUCGUCGAAAAUGAUCCAGAUCCUGGCCUAAAGCAUAAACUUGUGAGAAUGUUAAUUAUGAACCCUCCUUUCGAAAGAGCUCAUCGUCACCGUUUGGACGUCCCUCAAAUUGUCGACAGAAUAUGGAACAAUUUCAAUUGUAUGUUAUCUCAUGACAGCAGACUUCGUUGUGACUUAGUAGAUUUAUAUUAUAUAUUAUAUGGAAUNAGACGUCCACUGUGUUUACCAAUAAAAGAAGUAGAAGGUCUUUUGAAACCACAAAAACAACAGCAAUGCAGUUCAGAAAACAAAAAGGUCAAAACAUCACAUUCAGUAAACCAAAACUCAAGUAUUCCAUUAGAUUUGAAAACCAACCCUCCUCCAUUAGUGUCCACUGCUGCUUCUACUACAACAGGCACAAAAGAAGGUCACACUGAUAUCAUAAUUGAGGAUCCACUUGAAUGUAUAAAUGUAGAAGUUAUUGCAGGAACUGGAGAAAAAGAAAAGGAAGAGCAUACUGACAUAAAAUCUGAAGUGAUAGAGGUUAAAGAAGAACCACUCAUAAAACAAGAAUUUUAUUCUGAUAAUUCAGUAUCGUUGCCUGGGAUGAGCCAACCUGGUCCUGUGGGAUUUGAACCGGGAAUGUUUAAAAGUGAUUCAGAUGGAAAAGUAAAAUUAGACCCUUCAGGAAAGAUUAAAAAGAAGAAAAAAGAUAAAAAGAAACACAAGCAUAAACAUAAACAUAAACAUGAUCAUAAGCAUAAUAAGGAAAAAGAAAAAAAGGAAAAGGAUGGUAAAUUAAAAUUACGAGAGGAAACAUUAAGUUCAAUGAGUUCUACUCCAAGUCCCAACCCUAGUUCAAUAAGUGGAGAUAUUCUUUAAUAUGAACUACAUUUGAAACAUUUCCAAAAUGAUACAAACACUUAAUAUCGUAAGUGAAAUACUGUGUGAGGCAUUUAUUUGCAAGCAAAAUGGAUAAUCUGACUUCAAUAAGGGGCAAAAAGUUCAAAGCUUCAUGUAACUUUGUAAUAACCAUUAAGUUCAAGAAUACAUUUACAUUUUAAUAUUUUUGUAAGUUAUUUAUUUUAACUUUAUUAUCAUUAUGGCAGAUAAAUGAAAAUACAGCAGA